GCAUCGUCAAUUUUUUUAUUUUCUUCGACCCUUUUAAAAACCCUCUCUGCAAAAACCUCACUAAACAAAUCACACUUGCAUCAAAUACAAAUCCGUUGUUCAAACAAAAAAAAAUUAAGAAACAAAGAUGGGUCUGAUUGGCAAAGAAGAGAUCAGCAAAACAAGAAGAUAUACAUCUUCUCUUUGGAGAGGAGUGAAGACGAUCUUCGUUCUCUUCACUAUGUUCCUCUCUUUCAUCCUCUUCUCUGCUCCUAUCUUCCUCUCCGUCGCAGACGCCGUCCUCCCCUCCAUCAUCCUCUCCUCCUUCUCUUCUCUCCUUCGUCUUUCUCCGGCCGCGGUUUCUUCUCAUCUCAGCAACUACGACUUCAGAUACUCCCUCAUCGAUAUUCCUCUCAUCUCCAUCAUUAGAUCUGCCAUUAUACUCUGCGUUUACGGGCUCUGUGACGGACCAAAGCUAUCAAGGGGACCAUAUCUGACAAUAACAAUGAUCUGCUCAAUAUGUUCAUUGAUCUAUGUAUCUUUUAAGGCAGCUGUUGUGUUUGGCGAGCCAGUGAUCGGAGGAAAGUUCAGAACCGAGGAAGUGGCUCUGUUUGUGUGUUCGUGGGUCUUAGCCAUCGGUCAUAUCGUUGUGGCGUAUAGAACAAGUUGUAGAGAGAGGAGAAAACUCUUAGUCUUCAAGAUCGACAUCGAAUCCGUUUCAGCUUGUAAGAAUGUGUUUCCCAGAUACCAGAAGAUACUCCUACAAGAGAGACUCAGAUAGCUAAUAUCAGAAGACUAUUAACACUUGUACAUAUAUAUAUAUAUAUAUUUACAGUAAAGAUAAAUAUACGUAUCAAAUGCAACAUCUUCUGGGGUUUGGUCUCUACUUACAAGUUUCAGAAAGGUCCAAAGGAUAAUCUGUAAAGGAGGGAAGAACAGAUAAUGAAUGGGGCUUAAUAUAACACAAUGCUUUUCCAUGUGACACUAUCUAAGACAGCUCCAAUGAAUUGGCAGCUGUUUACUACUUAUACUAUAGAUUUUAAAUUAGGUAGACACACAAAUACACACACAAAAGAAUGGAGGCCUUGUUUACUCUUACUUUAAUGAAUGAUCCACCGUUACACUUUUGUCUUUUUGUUUUGUUUGUAUAAAUCAUAUUUUCAUCAAUGAAAUAAGAAGCCGAAGGCAUCUUUCUUCUUUUACUAUAAAAACAAAAACAUAUAUUUACACAUGUCUGUAAGUUUGCAUAUGUUUGUAUGGAUCUUUGACACUCUUAACCCUUUAGAAACUGUGG